UCUUGGAGGUUUCGGCGAUACGUAGCGAGGUGCAGGUGGCAAAGCAGUCCAGCAGGUGCAUCUUUGUAGCAGGAUCUUGGAACUGGGCGGGCGGGUUCGUGAAUUUUUUGAAACUAGAAAGGGGGCGGAUUAGCAUCAUGGAGGUUCGCAUUUUGUUUUUGUUGUUCCUCAGCAUCAUCCCUCUUCCUAAUGACGGGGUGGAUUUGUUGGCUGAUCUGGCUAUAACUCGGGGGCGGACGGUUCUGUUUUUAUUGUGCGUAUCUACCAUUGCGUUUUGGUCUAUUACCCACUGCUUUUUAUGCUUUGCACUCACGGUUUGCGCGGUUACUGUCAUUUCUGGCUUGGACAGACAUAUUGGGUGGCAACUUUGGAUUUUUUUUUUUUUGUCGGUCGUAUUUUCUUCGAGCAAUAACACCAGCAACUAUCUAAAUUGAAGUACUGCAAGUAAUGCUUAGUGAGAAUCCAACAUUUGAUUUUCGAGCACAAA